AUGUGCUCAGAAAGACACAGUAAAAAAAGACAAGAAACCAAUCCGGCUAAGAAAACUAAAGUAGAUACAUACCUUAAUGUGAUAGUUCUGUCUAUUAGCACUUCACUUUCUAGAAAUAAUAAUGCUUCAGAUUUUCUCCAAGUUGACAAUAUCAUUGAUGAUAAUUUUGAGCAAACAUUAGAAGCUCAUCUCUUAUUUGAUGAAGAAGUUGAAGGCACAAUAGAAAUAGAAGAGUAUAAUAUUCUAAGUAAUGAAAAUGACGAUGAUAAUAAUGCUAAAGCUCUUUCAUACUGCAUAGAUGAAGUAGAAAAGUUCAUUGCUCUACAGUUUCAGAAUGCCAAGUCAUCCGAAGA